AUGUGGUCACAGACUCUGCUUGGAGCUUGCCUGCUUCUUGCGGCGCCCUCAGUGGCAGCCGAUACUUGCCAGGCGCCCAUUAACCACCCGGGAGAGCCUUUCAGCAAUGUUCAAGCGCUGAAUACUACCAUCCUGAGCACCUAUGGCCACUCUCCGGCUGUUCUACCUUCGCCAAACAUGACCGGCAACGGUGGCUGGGAAACCGCCAUGAAGAAGGCCAAGCGAUUCGUGAACAAGCUCACGCUCGAAGAGAAGUCCUGGAUGGCAACAGGUCAACCCGGACCUUGUGUUGGCAAUGUCCUCCCCAUUCCACGUCUCAACUUCACGGGUCUUUGCCUUCAGAAUGGACCUCAAUGUGUGCAGCAAGGAGACUAUUCGAGUGUCUUCGUUAGCAGUGUUUCAGCCGCUGCCAGCUGGGAUCGCCAGCUGCUGUACGAUAGAGCUCGCGGAUUGGCAGAAGAGCACAAGGCAAAGGGCUCCCAUGUUAUCCUGGGUCCCAUUGGAGGACCUCUGGGCCGCAGCCCCUAUGAUGGUCGAACCUGGGAGGGCUUUGCUGCCGACCCUUACCUGACUGGUGUCUGCAUGGAGGAAACCAUCAAUGGCAUGCAAGAUGCCGGUGUUCAGGCGAAUGCGAAGCACUUCAUUGCCAAUGAGCAAGAGACUCAACGCAACCCUACAUACGCCCCUGAUGCCAACGAGACUACCUAUAUCCAGGACUCUGUUUCUGCGAAUAUUAAUGACCGUACUCUGCACGAGAUCUAUAUGUGGCCAUUCGCAAAUGCUGUCCGUGCUAAGGUUGCCAGUGCUAUGUGCUCAUACAACCGUGUGAACGGAUCCCACUCGUGCCAGAACUCAUACCUCCUCAACCACCUUCUCAAGGGUGAGCUUGGCUUCCAGGGCUAUGUCAUGUCGGACUGGGGUGCUACCCACAGCGGCGUGGCUUCUGUUGAGAGUGGUAUGGAUAUGACCAUGCCUGGAGGAUUCACCCUCUACGGCGAGCUUUGGACAGAGGGUUCUUACUUGGGCAAGAACCUCACUCAGGCUGUGCAAAACGGCACUGUUGAAAUGUCUCGUCUGGAUGACAUGGUCGUGCGCAUUAUGACUCCUUACUUCUUGCUUGGUCAGGAUAAGAACUACCCUAGCGUUGACGCUUUGGUUGGCCCGCUCAACGUUGACUCACCUCCUGAUACUUGGCUCUACGACUGGAAGUUCACGGGUGAAUCUAACCGUGAUGUUCGGGCUAACCACAGUGCCAUGAUCCGUCAGCACGGUGCUGCCUCCACAGUCUUGCUUAAGAAUGAGCGAAACGCAUUGCCUCUCCGCAAGCCUCGCAACAUUAUCAUUGCGGGUAACGACGCCGGUCCUCUAACUCAAGGCCCCGAUCUCCAAGGUGACUUCGAGUAUGGUGUCCUCGCGGGCUCUGCUAGCUCCGGCUCCUGCAGAUUCUCCUACCUAUCCACACCCCUCGAUGCGAUCAACUCCCGCGCUCGCAAGGAUGGCUCCCUGGUCCAAUCCUUCCUGAACAAUACCCUCCUCACCACAGCCGACCUUACCUCUCCUCUCUGGAUCCCCCAGCAGCCCGACGUCUGCCUCGUCUUCCUCAAGUCCUACUCCGCCGAGGGUGAAGACCGCACUUCUCUGGAACUAGACUGGAAUGGGAACGCCGUGGUCGAGGCCGUCGCCAACAACUGCAAUAACACAGUCGUCAUCACUAAUUCUGGCGGUGUCAAUGUCAUGCCUUUUGCUGAUCACCCCAAUGUCACCGCUAUCCUGGCCCAGCACUACGCCGGCGAGGAAACCGGUAAUGCCAUCGCUGACGUCCUUUAUGGCGACGCCAACCCCUCAGCCAAGUUGCCGUAUGUCAUUGCGUAUAACGAGUCUGACUACAACGCACCCGUCACCACAGCCGUGCGGACCAACGGCACAUACGACUGGCAGAGCUGGUUCGACGAGGAACUCGAGGUUGGAUACCGCUACUUCGACGCACAGAACAUCUCCGUUCGUUAUGAGUUCGGCUUUGGCUUGAGUUACACUACUUUCGGCCUGAAGGAUCUCAAGGCUAAAUCCUCCGCUCUGUCGAACCUUACUGCUCUUCCUGCCAAGCGACCAACCCAGCCUGGUGGUAACCCUGCUCUUUGGGAGGCGGUUUAUACUCUAGAAGCGGAGGUUUCCAACACUGGAGACGUGAGCGGAUUCGCCGUUCCACAGUUGUAUGUUGAGUUCCCCGAUUCGACUCCGGCCGGUACCCCGCCUAGCCAGCUUCGUGGAUUCGAUAAGGUCUGGCUGAAGGCGGGUCAGAAAAAGACUAUUUCUUUCGAUCUGAUGCGACGUGACGUUAGUUACUGGGAUGUCGUUGCCCAGGACUGGCGGAUUCCCGCUGGAUCCUUCACCUUCAAGGCUGGGUUCAGUAGCCGUGAUUUCCACGCGACUAAGGAUGCGACAUUGAUCAAGGCAUGA